AGUAACCUUCUCGGUUUGUAAACAAUAGGGAACGUUUCUUGUACGAAAAGUUUAAUUAUUUAUUUAGCUUAAUUGGAACUAUUUUACUGAAUGCAGUUGAUUAAAUAAUUGACAAAGUAAAAAAUGCCUUCGAUCGAUGUGAGCCACCUCCCAAAAGAAGGGACGGAAAACGCUCCGCCGGCUUCGAAACCCCUCGUUGGUAUCAUUUACCCACCGCCUGAGGUUAGAAAUAUUGUUGAUAAAACUGCCAGCUUUGUUGCUCGUAAUGGCCCAGAGUUUGAAUCUAGGAUCAGGCAGAAUGAAUUGGGAAACCCCAAGUUCAAUUUUCUCAACAGUGGUGACCCUUAUCAUGCUUAUUACCAGCACAAAGUCAAAGAUUUCAAAGAAGGCAAAGGGAAUGAGCCACAAGUUGCUGUUGUCACACCGGUUGUAGCACAGAAAACUGUCGCUUCUGCGACUCAGCUUAAACAGCAGGAAAUUUUAAAACAAAUUGCAGAACCCUUUGUGCCAAAAGAUCCUCCUCAGGAUUUUGAAUUUAUGGCUGACCCUCCAUCAAUCUCUGCUUUAGAUUUGGACAUAGUCAAAUUGACUGCACAGUUUGUGGCAAGAAAUGAAAGGCAGUUUUUAACAAAUCUGAUGAACAGAGAACAGAAGAACUACCAGUUUGAUUUCCUAAGGCCACAGCAUUCUCUUUUUCAGUACUUUACUAAACUCUUGAUGCAGUACACUAAGGUCUUGAUCCCACCUAAGGAUAUGAUGUUAAAACUAAAAGAGGAAUGUGUUAGUGUAACAGGAGUCUUGGAUCAGGUCCGCUACAGAGCAGAUUGGUUGCGCUAUCAAGAAAUUCAAAAAAGAAAAGAAGAACAAGCCUUAGAGAAGGAAAGAGUUGCAUAUGCACAGAUUGAUUGGCAUGAUUUUGUUGUUGUCGAAACUGUUGACUACAUACCUGGAGAACUUGGUAAUUUUCCACCACCUACUACACCAGAUGAAGUUGGUGCGAGGGUGUUGAUGCAGGAACGAUUUCUGGAUACAACUGAGGAUGGUCACAUGCAAAUUGAAAGUGACGGUGAUAGGGAUAAGGAUGACAGUGAUGCAGAAGAUAACUCAGGACCUCCAACAUCAUCUAACGCUGAAAAGGGGGCUACGGAUAAUACACAAGUGCAAGACAUGGAAGAAGAAUCUUCAAGCGAAAGCGAAACUGAGGAUGGUGACAAGGGAUCUUCGAAACCUGAUGCUAAAUCUGAACCAAAGAAACCCAUGCAGCCUCCUCUUCCUCCUAUUCCUGAUAAAGUGAUUGUCAAGAAAGGAUACAAUCCAAAGCAAGCUAAAACUCUUAAGACUGGAGAUAAUUAUUUGAUAUCUCCUUUGACGAGUGAAAAGAUUCCGGCAAGCAAAGUACAAGAACAUAUGAGGAUCGGACUUCUGGAUCCUCGCUGGGUGGAACAAAGGGAUAAGCACAUUCAGGACAGGAUUAACCAAGACACAGUUUAUGCUGGAGGGUCAGCAAUUGAGGCAAGUUUAAAACAAUUGGCUGAACGCCGUACUGAUAUCUUUGGAGUUGGGGAUGAAGAAACAGCAAUUGGUAAAAAGAUUGGCGAAGAAGACAAAAAGAAGGAUGACAAGGUUACAUGGGAUGGACACACUUCAAGUGUUGAAGCUGCUACAAGAGCUGCACGAGCAAACAUCACAAUUGAGGAGCAAAUCCAUCAGAUACAUAAGGUCAAGGGUCUCCUGCCAGAUGAGGAGAAAGAAAAAAUUGGUCCAAAACCUGUUACAAGGGCUGGAGGAGUGAUACAACCUCCACUUCCACCUCCAAAAACCCAAGUUGCUCCUCCAUUGCCGCCACCACAAGUACAGGCCCCAUUGCCACCUCCUCCUGGUAUGCUCCCACCACCGCAGGCUCAUAUCAUGAUGGUUCCUGCACCCAUCAGGCCUCCUUUGAUGGUUCCCGGAGGAGCGUUUCCAGUUGUUGCUGCUACUCCUUCAGGCUUUAUUGCACCACCAGGAACGGCACCUCUACCUCCACAACCUCAGAUGGGUGGAAUGUUGAAACAUGUCACAUCUGAUAUGAAUGACGAAGAGCCACUGACUAAAAAACAAAAAACAGAAGAUUCCCUUAUUCCAGAAGAACAGUAUCUCCAACAAAACAAAGGUCCUGUUGUUUUCAAAGUAAUGGUACCCAUGAUGUCAGAAAAGUCCGAAUGGAAGCUUAAUGGCCAGAGUCUCAGCUUAACAAUGAUGUUGACUGAAACAGUUUCUGCUCUGAAAGCAAAAAUCCAAGAAGCCGUUGGGAUGCCUCCUUCAAAACAGAAACUUCACUGUGAUGGAAUGUUUUACAAGGACUCAAAUUCACUCGCGUAUUAUAACAUCGGGCCCAAUACUGUCAUCCAACUUCAGCUGAAAGAAAGAGGAGGAAGGAAGAAUUAAUUAAAAAUCCUGUAAAUCUUGUAUUAAUUUGUAUCCAUCAGAAAUAAAGAUGGUAUUAUUAAUUAUUUUCUUCAACAUUUGUUAACUGAUUUGCAGACCAACACCCACCAUUAACUUCAUUUCAGAAUACAUACGUUUAUACUCACUUUAUUUAAUUAAAAAAUUUAAAAGCUUUUGUGAAAAUAGUUAUUUUUGUCAUAGAUUUUAAAAAUUAAUUCAUGGCCAUUUUCAGUUUAGCCCAUCUACAAAUGUUCUAACAAAAUAAUACCUAAAUAUUUCCAGUUAUAAUUUGUGAUUUUCUGUUUUAAUGUAAAUUGUGAAGUACAUUUAUUUGCUGUACUAUAAUUAUGUAUCUACUGAAAAUGUCAGAGAAAUAAAAGUAAUUUUUAAUGAGGACUUAA